CUCGAUUCCUCGUUCGUCUUCUUGCGUUUGAGAGCGUUGGUUUUCUGAGAGAAUCUCUAUUAGCUUCUAUAUAAAUAUGAUUAUACGACGUAGAUAAGUUCGAACUAUAUUUUACUAUAGUAAAAAGUAAUAUCCACGUAUUUUUCGCGUGGUUGCUCAUGGUGGAGCCGGCGCCUGUACCCUUGAGCAACCAACUAAGACGCGGAAAAUAGCGAGCACUCUACCUCCGGUUUUCUCGACUAGCUACGACACUAGGUUUUCCUCUUCCCCUCCCGCUGCCAGUUUCCCUUGUUGUUUUCUACAGCCCGGCUGUCUGUUUUGUAUGUUGUUCAGGGUUUCUGGCACUUUUGUAUGCGAGGGCUCCUGCCUUCUGGGAAUGAAAACUUGGCUUGCGCCGCUGUUGCGCGUCGUAGUGGUCUCUACUUGGCAUGACAUGCAUUCACUUGCCACUUCUUAGGGUGGCAAAGAAAACCAUAGAGUUAGAGACGGUACAGGCAGAAGUGGAUUGACCGGUCUAGUGAUAGAAUUUUGUGUAGCGCUUUAGAUUUUUUAUGGGCUUACCGUUCAGGGUUACAUCUAAUUUCCACCCUGGCUUCACCUUGUGUAGCAGACUGGCCUUGUUUGUCAUGCUUUUUGUGGUCUUUGGUUUGGUCAUGAUGUUCUCGUUUGUCCAUCCGGGUUCCUGCUGGCCCGUUUUUUUCACCAGUGUUACACUCUCUAUAUAUUUUUACUUGCUCGGCCAUUUGCAUGCACGUCCUUGCUUGAUUCUUCAUGCGCGCGCUCCCGCGUUCAGGACAAUUUACUCUGCUACGCAUAGGUGUAUCCACUUUUUAGGGUGUUUCUUUCGUAAGUGGGGCUGUGUCUUAGGAUCUCGCUUCUCACUUUUCUACCUUUCUUUUUUCUCCCUCGGUGCUAGUUGAUGGCGUUGCGCAGAACUAUUUCUACUUGGGCACCCACACAUCUUCCGUCGCAGCCGUCCCAGUAGAUGCUGUGGAUGUUCUUCGGUAGAAAUCGCACUGCCCAAUAAAUUCCGCUAGAGUUUACCGGGUAUGCGGCUACUGUUUGUCGAAAUAAUUUACAUGGGGACGCCCUGCCCUUAGCCUUCCAACAUGACAUCACAACUAUGGGGUGGGGGCGUUUUUACAAAUAAUAGGACCCUUGCGCUCCUCAUCGUGCCCCCUCGAGUGACUCGGGACAUCAUCAUGCAGACGGACAAUAAUAAACUUGAUCUCAACUCUGAAUGCCUCAAGUUGUACGAAGAUUCGGUCUGGGACCGACUGGACUGAGUUGUGGUUUUUGGAUUAUGUUUUGCGGCUUCACGUUGUACCAUACUCCAUUCGUGCUUGCUGGUUCUUGAUGGAUGUUGCGGGUGACGUAUAGCAGCAUAAAAAUACGUAGUAUUUCCGUGAGUUUUCUAAUUAUGUAUGAUAUAACGUUUUUUUCUACUUAUUUCUACUCAAGAUGAGCUUUCAUUUCUCUGUUCGCAGCCCGUGCUUCGCAACCGCUUGCGCAGAUCCCGUGACCGAUACUAGUAGAGGUGCUCCCAUUAUUUAUCAAAGUGAAAAAAGCCCCCACCCCAUAUCAAAACGAAACUUCUGAUGCUGGAUUUGCGUACGCAAAUCAGAUUUGUCUUGCAGUAGGGAACUGCAGGCCGAUAUCAUGCCAGUGCGCAGAGGUUUUGGCCUAGGCGCUUAGCAUGGGGAACGCGUAUGCUGUAGGACCAACAGCAUUACAAACCGCCAGCAUAAUGGGGCGGAGCGGAUGCCGUUGCUGUCUUGCAAGACAGACACGAUUUGUGACCUCAAAUCAGCAACGCAAAUUUUCGGAAACAUAGCUUUUCAAUAUGGGGAGGGGGG